UUCCCCUACUCGUCAGUAAGUUGUGCAAUUUUAAAUCCCCCUCACAUUUUUAUAAUUUUGUUCUUUUAAAAAAUAUAUAUUUUUGUCAUUAGAAUUGUUAUUUUGUCGAAAAUGGGCCAUCGUUUUAUUUUUCAACGUACUUGACACCCCUGUCUUACCACAAUGGUUUUUCCCAUCAUGGACGCCGUACACUGACGGUGUAUAUUGUUGCGCUUAAAGCGUUCACAGCCAAAUAUCUGUAUUUUAACUGAGGCUCAUCCCACCCCUGUUGCUUCAGAACUCAUUCGUGUUGAACCGUUGUGCGCCAAACCGUGAAACAAUGGCGCUCGGCAUUAACGUGUAAGAGGAAUUGGAGCCUCUCGGGCCCAGCGAGCUCUCUGUGAAGCAGACACGCGGGUAGCGCCAGGUCUCGGCCUCGCAGCGUCAUGAGUGAGCUGAAGGACUGUCCCCCGCUGAAGUACUACGACUUCAAGCCCGUCGAGCACGUCAAGGUGUGCCCCCGCUACACCGCCGUGCUGGGCCGCUCCGAGGACGAUGGGAUCGGCAUCGAGGAGCUGGACACCCUGCAGCUGGAGCUGGAGACACUGCUGUCCUCGGCCAACCGCCGCCUCCGCGCUCUGGAGGAGCAGAGACAGAUCCUCACAGACUGGCAGGACAAGAAGGGAGACAAGCGUUUUCUGAAGCUGGGGAAAGACCCGGACCCGGCCGCCACGUCUCGCCACAAGCCGAAGAAACAAAAGUUGGACAGCAAAGGCGGUCACGGACCAGGCCCCGGCCCCGGCCGGCCCAAAUCCAAAAACCUGCAGCCUAAGGUCCAAGAGUAUGAGUUCACAGACGACCCACAGGACAUUCCACGCACACCCAAGAAUGACGCUCCCAACAGGUUCUGGGCGUCAGUCGAGCCAUAUUGCGCUGAUAUCACAAACGAAGAGAUACGAUUGCUAGAAGAGCUUCUGAAGCCCCCAGACGAUGAAGCGGAGUAUUUCAAAAUUCCAGCUCUGGGGAAACACUACUCUCAGCGAUGGGCUCAGGAGGAUCUGCUGGAGGAGCAGAGGGAAGGAGCACGGGCUAACGACAAGAAGAAGAGCCUCAUGGGAGGACCGCUGUCUGAACUGGACGCAAAAGAUGUGGACUCACUCCUGAAAAAGUCAGAGUCGCAACAUGAAUCUCCGGAGGAUGGCUGUCCCUUUGGUCCUCUCACUCAGCGGCUGCUCCAGGCCCUCGUAGAGGAGAACAUUAUAUCCCCCAUGGAGGAUUCUCCUAUACCGGACAUUUCAAGCAGGGAUGCUAACGAUGGUGCUGGAACGUCUCCUCGGAGCCAAGGGAAAGCUUUUAGUGUUCCUCACACACGUUCCCUGGAGGCACGGAUCAAAGAGGAGCUGGUAGCCCAGGGGCUGCUGGAUUCCGAGGAGCGACCUGGGCCGGGAGGAGACUUGGAGGACGAGGUCCUGGCAGAAUUGCAGAAGAGACAGGCAGAGCUCAAGGCCCUGAGUGCUCACAACAGAGCUCGCAAGCAGGAGCUGCUCAGGUUGGCAAAAGAGGAGAUGCGCAAGCAGGAGCUGAGGCAGAGAGUCAGGGUGUCUGACAAUGAGGUGAUGGAGGGAUUCCGGCGAAUAAUGGCCGCCAGGCAGAAGAAGCGCACUCCGACCAAGAAGGAGAAGGACCAGGCCUGGAAGGCGCUGAAGGAGAGGGAAAGCAUCCUCAAGCUACUGGAUGGAUAGGUGGAAGGAAGGAGAUGAAGUACGUCUGGUUUUUAAAAAAUGCUGGAGAGAAAAAAAGGAGAAGGAAAAAAACGUUUUCCCGACUCAGAUCAGGGCAGCUGUGACAUGGUCAGUGAAUCUGCAUCUACGAUGAUGAAUGAUAGUCUACUGCAGGUGAACAUGAUUUGACUAGAACCAUCUGCGGUAGUUUUUUUUAUUUUUGAUGUUGUGUACAACAGAAAACUUCAAAUGAUCUGCGACACUUAGUAAGAUUCGGAGACUUGAUUUCUUUUGUUCAGUUGAUUUUCUUAUCUUGCUUUAUUUUGUUUACUAAUGUAAUAUUAUGAAAAACAAUACACGUGAAUGUUUGAAUAAAUCCGUACCACCCAUA